UCGAGUGCCUGUGCAUGACAGUUAUAAUUGUUACAGUUUCUGGCGUUGGAUAUUUGAUGAUGGUGGAAAAGUCUUACAUAUUUCAGGAAUACUUUUUUUUAAUGUUCUUUUCGAUUUCAUGAAUAUAUUGUUGAUUUUUUUGGGAAGUCAUUUACAUCUAGAUACUAAAGACUAUUUGGUUUUGUCAAUAGAUAUAUAUAAUUAGAGUUGAGCUUGAUUAGACAUACCAGGAAUUAAUCUCUCAAUGUAACGGAAAUGAGACGCUUGUGACCUUUACGUCACCAAAUUCGUAGUUUUGUUUCAUUGUGAAAUGAUGAUACACCUGAUAUUGCCCAUCGUUUGCUUCACUCCUGUCGGGAGUAGAUUACUCACAGGACGGACUUGUCGAGGGUCUAAUGGUUUGGUUUGCUGCGCUGGAUCUUGGUUCAACGAGGCCUCAAAUAAUUGUGAAGAAUGUCCGACAGGGUACUUUGGUUUCAACUGUUCUAAGCAGUGUCUUUAUCCGAGUUAUGGAAAUGAUUGCCAAAAUGACUGCACAUGUGAAAUUCAGCUUUGUCAUCAUUCCCAUGGAUGUAUCAAAUUCAAACAAUCAAGUCCUUUACAACAUGACUGGAUAUUGACUUCAAGUUCAAAUGUUUUAUAUCACUCAACAAACCAUGCCUCACUGGGAACAGAAUUGAACGUAACUAGGGUGAAGCUGUCAAACGUAACUAGCGUCUAUUCAACCAAUGAAUCAAGCGUUGCCCCGGUUACCACUACAGACAUGAUUUACGUAGGAAUAAUCUUGAUCGGAUUGUUCGUCCUAUUUUUUGGGAUGUUUGCCGUCACUUACGUUUACCAAAAGUGUUUUCGUCAAAGAGCAAACAUGACAAAUUUACAAGAUAAGAAUAUCAUAGAUCAGCUCGUCCAGUAUAAAACCCUCGACUUUGAGAUUGGCGAGCAAGAGCCCGUGUUAAGUGAAUCACGACGAAGCAGACUAAACACCGAUACAACAUAUCUGUACCCCGUGUUUGAGCGCAACACAUCUUACGAGGAAACGCAUAACUUUCCCCAAGUUGAAAACGACGAUCCUUUUGUGGAGGCCACCACAAGCGUACAAGAACCGCCUCCAAACGUGAGCGUUAAUCGACUAGAUCAAGACUCGCUGAAGUCGAACUGCGAACCACAACAGCACGUGUACGUGGAAAUUUUGGACAGUGACGUAGAUGCGUAUGAAAAUGAAGACGGAAACAGUGUGGACAAUGAAGACCCAACCGGUGCAAGAUACAGCCCCGAUGGCAGAGAAUUUGACUACGUAAAUGUAGACGACUAGUAUUACAACAUCCACCGUUUUCUUAUAAUUGUCUUCUAAUUAAUUAGAUCCUUUAUGUAUUAACCCAACGUUAAUACAUGUUUGUGAUUCGCUAGAAUAUUUGUAUAUAUAUCUACAUUUCAAUGUUUUUGUUUUUGAUGUCUCUACAAAUUGUACUCAUAACCAUUUCCUCGUAAAUGCGUUGCAGUUCUAAACAAUGUGCGUAUGAAUACAAAUAAAUAAAAUGGAAUUCAUUUCUUUAGUGUGUUCCCAACAUGAAUAUUUGAUACCAAAAGAAGAUUAAACCCCUAGUUGUUUUGCAAAGACAGAAAAACCAUUCAGUAUGCUAUACAGAUCAAUCAGUGAACGAAAAGCACUGAAAACAUAACUACAUUAAUCUUUUAUGAAGAAUGAGAUAUUGUUUAGAAAUAGAAUAUUUGUCACCACGUUAAGUUGACGAAUGGCAUUACAGAUGUAAUACAUGUAUACCAUCAUUUAUAGAGUAAAUUUCAUUUAUGAAAUACAUAAGGUAUGGACUGCGACACCUCACAUCGGCGGCGUACUUUGCGCUUCAUGAAAACCAUGCCGGUGUGGAGCGUAACAAUUUAUAUCCUCAUACAUUUUCAAAUUUAUAUUUACAUUCUGCUUUUAUUUCUGGUCGGAGUGUUCAUUCAUUGAAACAUAGACGUAUCAUAGUGCGCAUUUUUUACAUCCACAACACAUUCACGAGGAAAUGGCUAUCAUUAAAAAUUCUAAAUUUAUUCAAAUGAAUAUACAUACUCAUAA